AGCGGCCGGCCCGCGGGGCGCGGAGCCGAGGCCCGCGGCCGGCCGCAUGAAGGACUGCGAGUACCAGCAGAUCAGCCCCGGGGCCGCCCCGCCGCCCGCCUCCCCCGGGGCGCGCCGCCCCGGCCCCGCCGCGCCCCCCGCUCCGAGCCCCGGGCCCGCGCCCGGAGCACCGCGCUGGAGCGGCAGCGGCAGCGGCAGCGGCAGCGGGAGCCUGGGCCGCCGGCCUCGGCGUAAGUGGGAGGUGUUCCCCGGCCGCAACCGCUUCUACUGCGGCGGCCGCCUCAUGCUGGCCGGCCACGGCGGCGUCUUCGCGCUCACGCUGCUGCUCAUCCUCAGCACCACCGUCCUCUUCUUCGUCUCCGACUGUCCCUACCUGGCCAGCAAGCUGACCCUGGCCAUCCCCAUCAUCGCUGCCAUCCUCUUCUUCUUCGUCAUGAGCUGCCUCCUGCAGACCAGUUUUACUGACCCUGGCAUCCUACCCCGGGCUACCACCUGUGAAGCAGCUGCCCUGGAGAAGCAGAUUGACAACACAGGCAGCUCAACAUACCGACCGCCCCCUCGGACCCGGGAGGUGACGAUCAAUGGGCAGACGGUGAAACUGAAGUAUUGCUUCACCUGUAAGAUGUUCCGGCCACCCAGGACCUCACACUGCAGUGUCUGUGACAACUGUGUAGAACGCUUUGACCAUCACUGCCCCUGGGUUGGCAACUGUGUUGGGAGACGGAACUACCGCUUCUUUUAUGCAUUUAUCCUGUCCCUCUCCUUCCUGACGGCCUUCAUCUUUGCCUGCGUGGUCACCCACCUGACUCUGCGUUCUCAAGAAAGCAACUUCCUCUCCACUCUGAAAGAGAAACCAGCCAGUGUGCUGGAGUUGGUCAUCUGCUUCUUCUCCAUCUGGUCCAUCCUGGGCCUCUCAGGGUUCCACACUUACCUCGUCGCCUCCAACCUGACGACUAACGAAGACAUCAAAGGGUCCUGGUCCAGCAAGAGGGGCGGUGAGGCCUCUAUCAAUCCCUACAGCCAUAAAAGUAUUGUCACCAACUGCUGUGCUGUGCUCUGCGGCCCCCUGCCUCCCAGCCUGAUUGACCGGCGAGGAUUCGUACAGUCUGAUGCUGUGUUGCCCUCGCCCAUCAGAAGUGACGAGCCGGCCUGUGGGGCCAAGCCAGAUGCCAGUAUGGUAGGAGGCCACCCCUGAAUGUGACCCAGUGCCUGCCACCUGCUGCCCUCCACGCCUGCUGGGACCCUCCCCAUACCAUCCGAGAGAAGCAGAGCUGCCAAAGACUCAAGUCUUUUCCUAUUUAUUUCCCGUCCUGCGUGGCUUUCUCUGAACUGUCCCAUAGCUGUGCCCUCUGCUCCCCAAACCCAGGUUCCCACAGUUUGGGCCCUAGGUCCCUGAGCUGAUCAGUGGCAGGAGAGGAGAGCCACAGCCUCUGGAGGCCACCAGGGAGACCAUGCCGAGUCACACUGGAGGCCCAGUGUGAACGAGGGUGGGGACUCUCGUGGGCAGCCUCCCAGCUGGAGGCAUGCUUGGGCCCUGGAGAAUCCAGGGGCUUCUGGAAGCAGGACUGCUGAGAAGUUAGCCUGAACCUCAGGUGGCAGGCCAGGGCCCUUCCUUGGACUGCUUUGUUCUGGGGCUCCUGCAUUCCCUUUGUGAUGAUCAAGGUUAUUUUGGUGGGAUUUGGGGGGAGGGUUAUAUAGAGUCGGCCAAUAGGAUAGAGCUGGGCACCAGUAGAGAGAGAGCAUGGGUAGAGAGGGUGGGAGGCAGCCUGUGUCAGAGGAAGACAGACCAGCCAUUCAGGCCCCCAGAACCUCAGCUCCUGUAGAGUCAUGGGCAGCACUGGAGGAAUGGGGACCCUGCCUUCCCCAGUCAUGGGGACUCUAAAGGAUCCUUUCCUGUGCCCCUAAUCUCUUCCAAGUCAAGGCUAGAGGUGGGUGGAUUAGGUGAUGCUGGCAAUACUUGAAACGGGUUUAUUAAUGCUGGGUAUUUUGCACAAUUUUAUAGACCUCUUUUUUACAUAGCCUUUUUUAAAAUAGAAGUUAAACACAUUGCUAUCUGUGUAGUGCCAAGUCAGGGGUUUCAGAAGGGUAGGUGGUUUAAUACAUUUAUUACAGCAGAUCUAGUGAGUGAUGAGAGAGAGAGAGAGAGAGAGAGAGAGAGAGAGAGAGAGAGAGAGAGAGAGAGAGAGAGAGAGAGUGUGUGUGUGUGUGUGUGUGUGUGUGUGUGUGUGUGUGUGUGUGUGUGUGCCCCUGUACAAAUGCAGCUGACUUCCAUAUCCCCUGGGCUAUUCCCUUUCCCCACUUCCCUGUGUUCAGAAACAACCUGGGGCAUGGGGACUGGAAGGAUGUACAUUAGUCAUGAGACCCCUGGGCUCCUGCCCUCUUUCCUUCUACCAGUCAUCAGACAGCCAGUGGCUAGGGACUCUGCCACCCAGCCCCCAGGUCAGGCUCCCAGCUGUGACUUGCCCCAACAGGCUGAGGCUAGGUGUGGUGGGUGGGGUCUGGGGAGCAGCUGCUAUUCUGCAAGCCACACCCCCUCUUUGGAGUUCUGCUCUGAAUAUGGGCCCCAGUUCUAGGGACUAGGAGACAGGACAUUUUUGCUAAUUAGGAGUAAAGAAAGAAGUGGAGUAGAUCAGGAGGGCGUGGGUUGGCCAGGAGCUCAUAGCAAAUCCUCCUCGUGCUGGGAGCUGUAGUUUGUCAUCAAAGUUAUUCUUCUGGCCCCCUCUUUGGCCCUUCAGGUGGGCUGAAGCCCUUGGAUCAUAGCAUAGGAAGUCUCUCCGCCUUCCUUGCUCCUAAGGCCAGUGGGUCCCAGACAAAACUGGGAAAUGGUGUCUGGAGAAGCAGCUUCAGACCCUCGAGGUAGACAGAGGGGCUGCAGGCGAGCUCCCUACCCUGCCUUUUAUUGAAGCCGGUUGUCCUUGUUUCUGCUUGUAAUAAAACUUGUGUUUUUAAGAGCUGA